ACCUUCCACUCCCUCUCUCCUCCGGGAUGCAGGCCGGCUCAUGACAUCAGUCUGGAGGAGUUUGAUGAUGAAGAUUUGUCUGAAAUCACAGAUGAUUGUGGCAUAGGCCUCAACUAUGACUCUGAUCCUUACGAAAAGGACUGCUUAAUUCUAGAAAAGAAUGAUUUCCACCACCCAGUGUGCUCAUUCCAAGAUGACUUCCAAGAGUUUGAGAUGAUUGAUGAUGAAGAUGAUGAGGAAGAAGAAGAGGAUGCAGAUCCUGAUGCCCCUCCCUCACCAUCAGCAUCUCCUCCCCCCUCCCCUACUCUGGGCACCCUGAAGAGCCGCCCAACCACUCUGAACCUGACUGCACCAGUUUCCCAGGACUCCCUGAACAACAACAGCAAUGUGUCACCACGAAAGUUAAGCUGGCAGGAUUCUCUUCGAAACCCGACUUCACAGGGUUGCUUGUCUCCAAACCACUCUUGCCUUGAGGAUGGUUCCCGUGUAACUACCACAUGCCCAGGGGCUCCAGACACCACCGGCUCUGCCAAUGGUACACCCUCAAACCCACCAGGACAUUGUGGUCUUCAUCAGUCACCUGGCAGACCGCUGCUGUAUGACUUUGAGGGCAACAGAAAAGAACGACCUGAAUAUGGCUCCUUUGGUCAACAUAACUCGUCAAGUGGGUCUGAGGCAACUGAGGUGAAACCUGAUGUUGAGGAAUCCACUCUAAGUGAGCUUGUUCCCUCAGUGGAUGACUGCACUUCUCAGUGCUCCGAUACAGAGGUCGACCACGACCUGAAUGGUCAUACCAAGCGUCGACCUUGCCGCUCUCGACCCAAUGACACUUAUACCGUGACUACAGAGACUGCUGAUGACCCAGAGCUGGAAAACGAUGGCACCAGUAGGUGUCUGUCCUCAACCGCACCUCUUGGUAACGAUGCUGAGACUCCGCUAUCAGAUGAGGAGCUGGACAAAGAGUUUGACAUUGACUUCAUAAGUAAAGAUACCUAUGAUCAAACCUGCAAGGAAGAUGAGGCGUCUUCUUACGUUGAGUUCCCCUGCAUUGAACCAGCUGAGUCCAUUUCUGUCUCCAGCUACGUGUCGUCCAGUCGAUCAAACGUGCUUGACGCUAUGGACGAACUUCGAAACAUGCGUCAGGGUCAACCUGCUGCAAAUGACACAACUUCUCCUUCAUCUGAUCCUGGUAUCGCUGAUAUGAAUGCCAAACACUAUGCGGCGUCAGACCGCCACAGCGAUGACCUUAGCUCUCCUGGAUCAGACUCUGAUAUUGAAGGGGAACUUGAGGCUGCGUUUGCAUGUGGUCCACCUGCUAGUAACAUGAUUUCCUCCAUCUCAGAGACAGAGCUGGACCUGACCAGUGAAUCCAGCAGCGGGCGCUCUUCGCACCUCACCAAUUCCAUUGAAGAAGCUAGCUCCCCAACCUCAGACCAAGAACUGGACCAGGAGCUGGACCCUGAACAGGACAGCCAUAUUGUAGGUCUAAAAGCUUCUCUUCUUCUGGGCCAAUCUGAGCCAAUUAAACAAGAACCUUCACCAGGUCUAGACCCCAGACCAGACAUGUUACAACUAGAUGAUGGCCAAGCUCUGAUGGGCCUGCAGAAUGUAGAUGACGAACAGGGUUAUGAGCACCAGGCCGAUCCAGAUGAGACUCUUCCCCCUGCCAUCCCCUGUGAGGAUAGCGGCUCCCAGCAGCUGUUGUUGAAGAUUGAGCCUGACCACAGUCUUGAGAGCUUCAAACGCUCCUUCUAUUUGCCGGUUGGCCCCAAACUCAUGCCCUCUGUGGACGACUAUGAUGGUAACAGUGAGGGAGAGUCCGAGUCAGAGUCCGAGGACGAGCUCAGUGAAAACUCUGAUUCUCCUUGGCUACUCAGCAACCUGGUCAACAGGAUGAUCUCAGAAGGCUCCUACCCAAUCAGCUGCCCAGAAGAGUGCCUCAAACGCUCAGCCUCGAUCUCUGACACCAUCUCACCCUCGUCGGACUUGGAAACAGAUACUUUCAAUGAGACGGAUGGCUGCAAUUCACAAAAGCAGAAAUCGGAAGAAAAGUCACAGGAGGUGACCUCUGAAAAGUCAGAGAAGAGACUGGACGAAGAGAAGGAGAGAGAAGCUAGCUAUGUAUCUGAAGAGGGACAGAAGCAAAGCAAGAGAACGGACACUUGUCUGUACAUGAGCAACCCCACAUAUGGCAAUGCUACACCCGUCUUUACAGAGAGAUUUGAUACGAGGACAAAGAAUUAUGAAUCGGAGGACUUCCCAUCCCAGAACUCAUUAAAAAACAAGCAGAAAGAAGAAGAGGAGGAGCCAAAUAAUGACUUGAUGAUGGAGAGAAUGAAGGAGCUGGAGUCUCCCAGCCUGAGCGAGAGCAUAAUCAGCGACAAAGACGAGGGACGGGAGACACGGGUCGAUCAGAUCACUUUGCAGCGAAUCACAGAAGUCAAAAACAGCCUUACGCUGGACCUCCCAACAGCACAGACCAAUCACUGUUUCAGUCUUACGUACUCGACAGAUAACGAUGAAGAUGAGCAAGAUACCUCCCCUUUCCUGGAGGAUCUUCACAAGGUACCGUCACCCUACGGAAACGAGGCUUACUUGGACAGCUCCCCACCUAUUGAUGAGAGUGUGCGAGAGUUGAGGAACACAACCUCCGACCGGCCCAUCGAUGACUCCUUGGCAUACGAUUCAAUGAAGUACACCCUAGUAGUGGAUGAAAACACAACGCUUGAGCUGGUGAGCCUGAAGCGCUGCACCUCUGUUCUUAGCGAGGACAGUGAUGGACUCUCUACUAUUUGUGAUCAGGAUGUUGUCGAUGAAGAUGAAGAUAUUUAUGGCCAGGGCCAGAUGGAAAGAGGCAUGAGACCUGGUUUGCUGUUAAGCUCCUCUGAAGAAGACUCCUCCCCUGAGGCGGAUUUACCUUUCUCAAAGAAGUUCCUCAAUGUGUUUGUCAACAGCACGUCACGGUCCUCCAAUUUCUUGCAGCUGUUGUUGAAGAUUGAGCCUGACCACAGUCUUGAAAGCUUCAAACGCUCCUUCUAUUUGCCGGUUGGCCCUAAACUCGUGCCCUCUGUCGACGACUAUGAUGGUAACAGCGAGGGAGUCUCAGAGUCAGAGUCAGAGGACGAGCUCAGUGAAAACUCUGAUUCUCCGUGGCUUCUUAGCAACCUGGUCAACAGGAUGAUCUCAGAAGGCUCCUACCCAAUCAGCUGCCCAGAAGAGUGCCUCAAACGCUCAGCCUCCAUCUCUGACACCAUCUCACCCUCAUCGGACCUGGAAACAGAUACUUUCAAUGAGAUGGAUUUCUGCAAUUUACAAAAGCAGAAAUCUGAAGAAAAGUCACAGGAGGUGACCUCUGAAAAUUCAGAGAUGAGACUGGAUGAAGAGAAGGAGAGAGAAGCCAGCUAUGUAUCUGAAGAGGGACAGAAGGAAAGCAAGAGAACGGACUCUUGUCUGUACAUUAGCAACCCCAUAUAUGGCAACGCUAUACCCAUCUUUACAGAGGAAUUCGAAACGAGGGCAAAGAAUCAUGAAUCGGAGGACUUCCCAUCCCAGAACUCAUUAAAAAACAAGCAGAAAGAAGAAGAGGAGGAGCCAAAUAAUGACUUGAUGAUGGAGAGAAUGAAGGAGCUGGAGUCUCCCAGCCUGAGCGAGAGCAUAAUCAGCGACAAAGACGAGGGACGGGAGACACGGGUCGAUCAGAUCACUUUGCAGCGAAUCACAGAAGUCAAAAACAGCCUUACGCUGGACCUCCCAACAGCACAGACCAAUCACUGUUUCAGUCUUACGUACUCGACAGAUAAUGAUGAAGAUGAGCAAGAUACCUCCCCUUUUCUGGAGGAUCUUCACAAGGAACCUUCACCCUACGGAAAUGAGGCUUACUUGGACAGCUCCCCACCUAUUGAUGAGAGUGUGCGAGAGUUGAGGAACACAACUUCCGACCGGCCCAUCAAUGACUCCUUGGCGUAUGAUUCAAUGAAGUACACCCUAGUGGUGGAUGAAAACACAACCCUUGAACUGGUGAGCCUGAAGCGCUGUACCUCUGUUCUUAGUGAGGACAGUGAUGGACUCUCUACUAUUUGUGAUCAGGAUGUUGUCGAUGAAGAUGAAGAUAUUUAUGGCCAGGGCCAGAUGGAAAGAGGCAUGAGACCUGGUUUGCUGUUAAGCUCCUCUGAAGAAGACUCCUCCCCUGAGGCGGAUUUACCUUUCUCAAAGAAGUUCCUCAAUGUGUUUGUCAACAGCACGUCACGGUCCUCCAGCACAGAGUCCUUUGGGCUUUUCUCGUGCACUAUAAAUGGAGAAGAAAGAGAUCAGACUCACAGAGCGGUCUUCAGGUUCAUCCCACGACAUGCAGAUGAGCUGGAGUUAGACAUUGAUGAUCCAUUAUUCGUUGAGGAAGAGGAGGAUGAUUACUGGUACCGUGGGUAUAACAUGCGCACAGGGGCCAGAGGGAUUUUCCCAGCAUACUACGCCCAUGAGGUUGUUUGCCAAACAAAAUAUCUGAUGACGAUGAAGAGGAACCCUGCUUGGAUGGAAAGCUUCCGAGUGCAGUUCCUGGGUUCGGUGGAAGUUCCUUAUCACCAAGGCAAUGGCAUCCUGUGUGCUGCCAUGCAGAAGAUCGCUAUGGCAAGGAAGAAGACGGUGCAUCUUCAUCCCCCAUCUAUUUGUGAGCUGGAAAUAAGCCUGCAGGGUGUGAAACUAGUCAUGAGUUUGGAUGAUGAGUAUGACUUUUCAGGGGAGUUUGACAGAUGUAGUCACUUCUUCCAAAUGAAAAACAUCUCCUUUUGUGGAUGUCAUCCUAAAAACAACUGUUAUUUUGGUUUCAUCACCAAGCACCCGAUGCUGAACAGGUUUGCAUGUCACGUCUUCGUCUCUCAGGACUCCAUGAGACAUGUAGCUGAGUGUGUGGGACGGGCGUUCCAGGAGUACUACCAAGAGCACUUAGAAUACGCCUGUCCUACCGAAGAUAUCUACCUUGAGUAAAGGAGGAAAAGGGUAACCAUGGAAACUGCUGUCCCUCAGGACAGAUGUCUGUUCCUGGGCUUGGCCACUACGAGGUGCCUGGCAGCCUUCUCAAAUGUAACAUAGGCCUCAUCUCUUUAUUCUCUUCCUCAGUUUCUCUUGUUCUCCCGACAUGAACUGAGCUGAAUACUCUACAUAGGCUCUUAGUGGUCUGUCUGUUUAUUUAACUGUUUAUCAGUUCAUUUAUUCUCUUCAUUGAGAUGGAUUGCUUGUUUAUUUAACUUUUCUACUAUAUAAUUAGGGACAUGGUUUUUGGGUGGAUACAUCAGUUCGAGUUCUUUCUUUUUUUUAUAUAGUCCUGGAAAAAUAUAAAAGGCAAAAUAUGACUUGACAUGUUUGAUUGCAUGGCUUUGAGGGUUAUGCUCACAAACACACACAUACACACACAAUGUCUAAAAGCAAAAGGCGAUCAGGGGUUUGAAUCUGAAGACCAGGAUUGUUUGUAAAUAUGUAUUUGUCCGAUUCUGAUACAUUGCUGUACUGGGUUUGUACUAAAAAGGACAAGGCAGUAAGACGUGACCUGGAGUCGUUGAUAGGUCUACAGAUUGUCUGUUCCGAUGUAGUAGAAGGUUUAAUGUACGUUUCUGAUUUAACCGCGAUGUAAAUACUGUACAAAUAGGGAUGACUGUAGGUGAAAACCGAUGCUUCAUUACAUCAUGGUAUGCAAGUAUCCUGCGCCAUCUGUCUGAGAAUGAGGGACGGAUUGCAGGUCGGCAGGCUGGGUGUACUGUAGAGGAAUCUAGAGAUGGUUCGGUGAAUCUCAUCAAGUCAUAUCUGGAAAAUAUUUGACCCCAAAAUCACAAAGAUGUUGUGUAAAAAUGAUGAUUUUUUGCAACUGUGACGUUAUUUUCAUCUCAAUUUGUAACACCCACAAUUACUGUAAUGCAUCCAGAUAUUUGAGUUUUGAGUUUUGUGCAUAAGUUUUUAAUGAUUAAUUAUUUGCAAUGCCAUUGUGACAUUGCCAUCACAGUUAAACAC